CGUGGCACUGCUCAAACUGGCAUAUAAAAAUUUUACAUUUCUUGGAGAUCAAUAGUGUUGUCUUACUUGUAGAAUUUUGAGAAUUUAAUUUAGUUGAGAAUUUAAUAUUGAGAGUUCCAGUUUAAUACCGUAUGGGCUGUCUUUGUUCUUGCGUGACUUUUACCUUCCUUUUGUUCAAAUCCCGCUGACGUGAAAUGGGUGAGUUAAGACGUCAAAAAAUCUCUGCAGUCCCGAAGCUCUGUGUACCCAACUAAUUAUCAUGCUUAGUGGACCAUCACACCUUGAGUUAUAUUAAAUUGGAUCCCAAUUUGGGAAGCAUCUUAAAUAUUAAUAAUGAACUACCUAUGGACUGUCCUUAAGCAAUAAAAAAUAAGGCUGUUACUGAGAACGCAAUGUUAUAUUAGACAUUCAAACCCAAAUGGUUAAUACUUUGGGACUUUCUUAGCAAUAAGUAUCUUCAAUUCGAUGUGUUGAGUUUGAUGUUUAAUGUUACUGGUAGUCUAUUAUAUAGUGAAAUUUUUUGUGUUAAUAUUCGUUAUUUUAUGCAGAAUUUCAAUUUUCUUUGAUGAAUUACAUUCACCCCACCUAUGUCUCUCAAAAAGCCUCUGGAGAAAUAUUGAAUUCUUUUUGAUCAUUUUUUGUUAUGGUUUGAUCAAAAUAUAGCAUUGGGUUAGUUUGCUUAUUAUCGUGUUUCGAAUAAAGACUAGAAGCAAACAGGCAAAAAAUAUAUAUUUAGAGCAAAACACUCAAUCUUUUCCUUUUCUUAUUUUUGGUUAGAUGAGUUUCUGAACUUAGUUCAUUUUCAAAAAGAAGUUUUUCUAUUAGUAUAUUUGCCGAGCUCGUUUCCAUUAUCUACUCCAGCACUUUACUGUCAAUUAUAUUGGACAGCAUUUUCGAAGCGUGUUUUAAUUAGAAGUCUGCUUUUAUUUCCACCAAUUUAGCUGAUUUUAUCCUUAAAUUUUACUAGACUGUCAUCCUCGUUUCUAAACGGACAAUUUAGUACAAUUUUUGAUUAUGGCCUGAAAAUAAAAUUAUUAUUAUAAAAUUAUUAUAAAAUACUGGUUGUUCGUUUGUAUUCGGGUAUCAAAAUUGAUUUGUUGAUUUUAAAUAUGAGUCAGAUUUCGUCACCAGCAGAAGGUCACCAAGGGGUCAAAUGCGAAAAUGAAGAUACAGCUGCCGAGAAGGAAGUUCCUCCUCAAAAUUGCUGUUUUGCAGGGUCCGCCCACCAUCCCCACUCCCCCUCUGCCACGCCCUUGCCCUCCUCUCCAGAGACAGCGACAACAGCCUCUGCCAUUCAUCAGCCGGAACAGCAACAACAAAAGGAGCAGCAGGAACAUCAGAUGCAGUUGCAGCCGGGAGGGGGAGGAGUAGUGGUGGACGGAGUGGGCAAUCGCAGACACAAAUGGCCCAGCCAGGUGGACUAUGUGUUGUCGCUUAUGGGCUUCGCAGUGGGACUGGGCAACCUCUGGAGAUUCCCCUACCUCUGCUUCAAAAACGGAGGAGGUGCGUUCUUCGUGCCCUACUUGCUGUUCAUGUUCACCUGUGGGGCCCCCCUCUUCUUCCUCGAAUCCUCCCUCGGCCAGUUCACACAGCAGGGGGUCCUCAAGUGCUGGAACAUCGUGCCAAUAUUCAAAGGAGUUGGUAUCUCCACCAUGUUCGCUCUGCUGUACCUGAACAUCUACUACGUGGUCAUUCUGGCCUGGAUCCUGUUCUACAUGCUGGAGUCCUUCAAAGACCCCCUUCCCUUCUCCACCUGUGGCAACUCCUGGAACUCAGACAAGUGCCACACAGUGCAGCAGAUCAGAAACAGUUUCUCCCCCAAUAUCACACUCAGUGUGGAUGAGUAUUGGAACAAUCACGUGUUGCAGCGGGACCAAUCCAGUGGAAUUGAUGACCCUGGCUUCCUCAAUUGGCAACUGGCUCUCUCCCUAUUUAUAGUCUGGGUUGGCUGCUACUUCGCCGUAUUCAGGGGCAUCAAGAUCAGUGGGAAGAUAGUGUACUUCACGGUGCUGUUCCCCUAUGUCCUCAUCUUCUGCUUCAUCCUCAGGGGACUCACUCUUGAGGGCUCACUGCAGGGCAUAGUGUUCUACCUGAAACCAAACAUGGACAAGCUAAAAGAAGCACAGGUGUGGAUAGAUGCAGCCUCUCAGAUCUUCUUCUCCUACGCAGUCUGCUGUGGGGGGCUGAUCACUCUCUCCAGCCACAACCACUACAGCAACAACGUCCUCAGGGAUUCUAUGAUAGUGAUAGUGGCUAACCCCUGCACCAGCAUCCUAUCUGGCUUCGCUGUAUUCUCCGUGCUGGGACAUCUCUCUCACGAAGCAGGAGUUCCCAUUGAGGCGAUCACUGACUCGGGGCCUGGUCUGAUCUUCAAAAUGUACCCAGUGGCAGUGAGUCUGCUGCCCCUGCCCAAUGUGUGGUCUGUCCUCUUCUUCUUCAUGGUGUUCCUCCUAGGAGUCGACGGACAGUAUGCAGCCGUGGAGUCAUUCGUCUGUUCUCUGCUGGAUGUGUUCCCCCAGUUCCGGAAGACAUCCUCCAGACAGGCCAUGUUCACCCUCGCUGUCUGCCUCGCAAAAUUCAUAGUGGGACUCACUAUGGUCUCGAAGGGAGGUAUCUUUGUGUUCAACCUGUGGGACUGUUAUGGUGCCAGUGGUCUCAUCUUCCUCUCCAUCGGACUGUGCCAGAUCACUCCCCUCAUGUACUGCUACGGAUUCAGCAGGUACAAGCGUGACAUUGAGCAGAUGGUGGGCUUCAAGUCAAUUUUGAUCUGCUGGUUCAAUUUCUGCUGGACAUUUCUAUCCCCUGUCAUUAUCAGUGCCAUUCUGGUGUUUGCAAUCUACCAAAAAAUGACUUCGCCCUCCGAGUUCAAAUAUGCAGACUAUGUCUACCCAGUUUGGGCUCAACUAAUCGGCUGGAUGUUCAUUUUCACUGCCCUGAUUUGGAUACCCCUCUACGCAAUAUACCAUUUAGUCACAACGAGACUACUUCCAACAUCUGGAUCGAGAGCCACACCUGAUGAUGCUGAUGGCCAAGAGAGUCGAGAUCUGAAAGUAGACUCAACUAAUUGUUAGGUCUCCUUUUAUUCUGUCCGUCGAAACAUCAGAUAAAUCAAUUGCUAAAUUACCUUCAGUAUAAUUACGUAAUAUCGUAUUUGAAGCUGAACUCAUGUACAGUACAAGGAAGUAGAUUGUUAUCUGUAAUCGAUGCGUCAGCUGUAAGUUAUGCGGCAUUUUAAUUAAUUGUGACCUUUGAUAAUCGAAAUCAAACAUAAAUUAAUGUGCAUAGUUUAAAUAGUAAAAAAUAAUUGUGCAUCAUUUGAAGAAAAAAAAACAUUUUUUGGGAAUUUUUUGAAACUCGAAUUUGAUUGGGUUCAAUAUUCCUAUUCACCAAUCGUCAAAAACAUUUUUUGUUACCCAAAUGGAAAUGACAGAUAACAACAAUGAAAAAGGCCAUCAAUUGGGAUUAGGGUGCACACUUUUAUCUAAAGUCACGGCCAAGUUUAAAAUGAGAAAAUUUUGAACGAUUUUUGGACGAUGAAUUCUUUUGCUAAUUAGAAGACAUCCUGCUAAUGAUGCUACCAAGCAGAGUUUUGAUAAAGCUGGUGCCAUCAAGAUAAUUUUUGCUGCUAGAGUUCUACUUUUAUGUUACACUCUAAUCUAAAUCUCCUUCUCUGUAAUUUAAAUACGCUUGUUUUGUCAAAUUUUAUGUAAUUUGAUUCGAUCGACUGUAUUGUAUCGAUAUUAUUUAUAUCAAAUUCAGCAGAUAAUAAUUUAUCACAAAUUUAUAUA